UGAAGCUGGGCGAGCGCCAUGAGUGCUGCUGAUAUCAAGAAUCUAGUUUUGUUGACAUUUACUAUAAUUAGUGUUUUAGCCACUGGAGAUAAAAUUCCUUUAGGUGCUAUUUUUGAACAAGGAACCGAUGAAGUGCAAGCAGCAUUUAAGGCUGCAGUGUUUAGUCAUAAUCAGAACGUAACAGUUCGACGUUUCGAGCUACAAGCUUACGUCGAUGUUAUCAAUACAGCGGACGCUUUUAAAUUAUCAAGACUGAUAUGUUCUCAAUUUCACAGGGGAAUUUUUUCGAUGUUAGGAGCCGUAUCUCCAGAUUCGUUCGAUACUUUACAUUCCUACAGCAAUACGUUUCAGAUGCCUUUUGUGACACCAUGGUUUCCUGAGAAAGUUCUUGCUCCUUCAUCAGGAUUUUUAGAUUAUGCCAUAUCGAUGAGACCGGAAUAUCACCAAGCCAUUAUUGAUACAGUUAAAUACUACGGCUGGUCCAAAAUUAUUUAUUUAUAUGAUUCAAAUGAUGGUCUACUCAGAUUACAGCAAAUAUAUCAGGGAUUAAUGCCAGGAAGUGAAAGUUUCCAAGUAUCCACAGUUAGAAGAAUAAGUAAUGUAACAGAAGCUCUACAGUUCUUGAGAGGUCUAGAGGAACAGUCCCGCUGGGAGCACAAAUAUGUAGUCUUAGAUUGUUCUGCAGAUAUGGCUAAGGAGAUAGUCGUUAGUCACGUGAGGGAUAUAACACUAGGAAAACGAACUUAUCACUAUCUUCUCUCUGGUUUAGUAAUGGAUGACAGAUGGGAAAGUGAAGUAAUAGAAUAUGGAGCAAUUAAUAUUACAGGAUUUCGCAUAGUCGAUGUCUCUAGAAGAUAUGUACGUGAUUUUUUAAAAAAACCGGAUGCUACGAUAAAUCCAAAUGGUGACCGUGAAAGUAUAUCAGCUCAAGCUGCCUUGAUGUAUGACGCAGUGUUUGUCUUAGUUGAAGCAUUUAAUAAAUUGUUACGCAAGAAACAAGACAUAUUUCGAAAUAAUAUCCGCCGAGGUCAAAUUUUGAAUAACGGAAGUAAAGGAUUGGACUGCAAUGCUUCUAGCGGAUGGGUAACACCCUGGGAACACGGUGAUAAAAUCUCUAGAUAUCUUCGGAAGAUAGAAAUAGAAGGUUUAACAGGAGAAAUAAGAUUUAGUGAAGAGGGCAGAAGACAAAACUAUACUUUACAUGUUGUUGAAAUGACCAUAAAUAGUGCCAUGGUAAAAGUGGCUGAAUGGAGUGAUGAAACUGGAUUCACACCGGUUGCAGCAAAAUAUGUUAGACUGAAAAGUAAUUCUCAUAUAGAAAAAAAUAGAACUUACAUUGUUACAACUAUAGUGGAAGAACCUUAUAUAAUGCUUCGUACUCCUGAACACGGUGAAAUUUUAACAGGCAAUGAUCGUUUUGAAGGUUAUUGUAAAGAUUUGGCAAAUUUAAUAGCUAAACACUUAGGCAUUAAUUAUGAACUGCGAAUUGUGAAGGAUGGAAAUUAUGGUGCUGAAAACCAUGAAGUGAAAGGUGGAUGGGACGGCAUGGUAGGAGAACUUGUUCGUCAGGAAGCUGACAUAGCUAUUGCUCCCAUGACAAUAACUUCUGAACGAGAACGAGUGAUUGAUUUUAGUAAACCAUUUAUGUCACUGGGUAUUUCUAUUAUGAUUAAGAAACCAAUGAAGCAGAAGCCUGGAGUAUUUAGCUUUUUGAAUCCAUUAUCUAAAGAAAUUUGGGUUUGUGUAAUAUUUAGUUACAUUGGAGUCAGUAUUGUGUUGUUUACCGUAUCAAGAUUUUCUCCGUAUGAAUGGCGUUUGCUUCACCUUACUGGAGAACACCGAGAACCGCCAGGACAACACAAUGCACAUGGUUCAAUGGCCAACGAUUUUACAAUGUUAAACUCUUUGUGGUUUUCGCUUGGAGCGUUUAUGCAACAAGGAUGUGAUAUAUCACCUAGAUCCGUUUCUGGAAGAAUUGUAGGAGCUGUUUGGUGGUUCUUUACACUAAUUUUAAUAUCAUCAUAUACCGCUAAUUUGGCAGCCUUUCUUACUGUGGAAAGAAUGGUAGCUCCAAUAAAUUCCCCUGAAGAUUUAGCUUCUCAAACAGAAGUAGAAUAUGGUACUCUUUACAAUGGCGCUACAUGGGAUUUUUUUAAGAGAUCUCAAAUAACGCUUUAUUCAAAAAUGUGGGAAUAUAUGAACUCAAGAAAACAUGUUUUCGUCAAAACAUAUGAUGAAGGGAUUCGGCGAGUUCGCACAUCAAAAGGCAAAUAUGCUUUGUUAAUAGAAUCUCCCAAGAACGAUUACAUCAAUGAAAGGGAACCAUGUGAUACUAUGAAAGUUGGUAGAAAUCUAGACUCCAAAGGGUUUGGAGUUGCAACUCCGUUGGGUUCACCCUUAAGGGAAGCAAUAAAUUUAGCAGUUCUUAAUUUAAAAGAAAAUGGCGAGCUAACGAAGCUAACUAAUAGGUGGUGGUACGACCGAACGGAAUGCAUACAUGACAAACAGGACGCGGCUAGAAAUGAGCUGUCUUUAAGUAAUGUCGCAGGGAUUUUCUACAUCUUAAUUGGUGGCCUAAUGAUUGCUUUGGCAGUAGCUCUUAUAGAAUUUUGUUAUAAAUCUCAUACGGAAGCUGUAAGAGCAAAAAUACCUCUCAGUGAUGCUAUGAAAGCAAAAGCUCGUCUGACCAUAGGAGUCGGACGAGACAUCGACAAUGGAAGGUAUUAUACUCCGGCCAAUCAGAUAGCAGGAAGUAACGAACAAGAGCAAGCUCACAGCAAUACUCAUACGCAAGUGUGAGAGUUUAGACACCACUGCUUGUCUUAAGACAUCGUCGUCAUGACCGUCUUUGUCGUCAUUGCCACUAGUCACCAUCAUCCAUCAUAUCUGGUAUUAUCCAUAAGAUAUUGUAAUAUUUUUACUUAAAUGUAGAUUGUGUAAUUGACUUGUCAGAUAUUAGACUAUAACUAUUAAAUAUUACCCGUUUGUUGUAUCUUU